AUGCCUAGAAGUUCCGGCGGCUAUCCAGGAGCGCAGUUCAAGAGAUUUGGCAGCUACGAUAAUGCUGAGUCAUUUUCCAACUCUGAACCUGUAUCAUAUGGCCGCAGAAACAAAAACUACUCUUAUCGAAAUAGCGGUGAAUCUUCCAACUACAACAACAAUUACAGAAGCGGAUCCACUUAUCGCAGAUACAAUAACUAUACCUCAAAACUCAAGUCCCCUACCGCUGGCGACUUCAGUCGCAACACUGUAAUUUAUAUUGACGGCGCUAGCUUGAACAAUGGCCGCUCAAAUGCACGUGCAGGCAUCGGAGUGUUUUUUGGUUCCAAAGACUCACGGAACACCUCAGAGCCUCUAUAG